UAUAUUGGCCCAUUAGAUUGGCCCAUUAGACCCCAACAAAGGCCCAAAGCCCAUCAUAUCCACCGCCUCCCCGACGCGACCGACCGAUCUCGGCAUCGCAUCACAGGAGGGGAGAGAGACAGAGGGUGGGAUUGAUCGAAUUUCUAGGGUGCUCCUAUCCUUUUGUCAGUUCGAAUCGAUCAUGGCGAGGCGCAGGGACGAGGAGGACGACGAUAUUGAGCAGGAGGAGGACUACUACGAGGACAGGGAAGUGCUCGACGACGAGGAAGAGGAGGACUUGGAGGAGGAGGAGGAGGAAGAGGAGGAAGAUCGACGCGGAGGGAAGAAGAGGAGAAGAUCGCAGUUUAUUGAUGAUGUCGCCGAGGAGGACGAUGAUGAGGAGGAUGACGACGACGAAGAUUACGGCAGACGUGGACGGCGAAAGCAGAAGUCCAAGAGGCGUUCGGCAUCGGAUUAUUUUGAUAUCGAGGCCGUAGUCGAUAGCGAUGGGGAAGAGGAGGAGGAGGAAGGCGAGGAAGAUUUUAUAGAUAAUGCAAAUGAUCUACCUGAUGAGGAUGACAACAGACAGAUUCAUCGCCGUCCUUUGUUACCUCGGGAGGAAGAGGAUGUGGAUGAUCUUGAAAGAAGAAUUCAGGAAAGAUAUCGUAAGUCUGUUCAUAUUGACUAUGAUGAAGAGACCACAGAUGUAGAUCAGCAAGCUCUUCUGCCUUCUGUUAGAGAUCCUAAGUUGUGGAUGGUGAAGUGUGCGAUUGGCCAUGAGCGGGAGGCUGCUGUAUGCCUAAUGCAAAAGUGUAUUGAUAGAGGUCCUGAAUUGCAAAUAAGGUCGGUAAUUGCACUUGACCACCUAAAGAACUUCAUUUAUGUGGAAGCAGACAAAGAAGCACAUGUCAGGGAGGCAUGCAAAGGUCUUCGAAGCAUAUAUAACAGUCAGAAAGUGAUGCUGGUGCCGAUUAAUGAGAUGACUGACGUUCUUUCCGUUGAAAGUAAAGCUAUUGAUAUUUCUAGGGAUACCUGGGUCAGAAUGAAGACAGGGACGUAUAAAGGGGACCUUGCUAAAGUGGUGGAGGUGGAUAAUGUGAAGCAAAGAGUCACCGUGAAAUUAAUACCGAGAAUCGAUUUGCAGGCGAUUGCCAACAAACUGGAAAACAGAGAAACACCAAAGAAGAAGUCUUUUGUUCCUCCUCCGCGUUUCUUGAACGUUGAUGAGGCUAGGGAAUUGAAUAUUCGUGUUGAACGUAGACGAGAUCCCAUGACUGGUGAUUACUUCGAGACGAUUGAUAAUAUGAAGUUCAAGGAUGGCUUCUUGUAUAAGAUUGUAUCAAUGAAGUCUAUCAGCUCUCACAAUAUAAAACCUACCUUCGAUGAGAUGGAAAAGUUCCGGCAGCCCAGUGAGAACGGAGAUGGUGAUUUGGGCGGUUUGUCUACUUUAUUUGCAAAUAGGAAGAAAGGUCAUUUUAUGAAGGGUGAUGCAGUUAUUGUUGUCAAGGGUGAUCUAAAAAACUUGAAGGGCUGGGUAGAGAAAGUUGAAGAAGAAAAUGUCUACAUCAGACCAGAAAUGAAAGACCUUCCUAGAACUCUUGCUGUUAAUCAGAAGGAGCUAUGCAAGUACUUUGAGCCUGGGAACCAUGUAAAAGUUGUUUCUGGGACCCAAGAAGGUGCAACUGGUAUGGUUGUGAAAGUUGAGCAGCAUGUACUCGUCAUAUUGUCAGAUACAACGAAGGAACAUAUCCGUGUAUUCGCAGAUGAUGUUGUUGAGAGCUCUGAGGUAACGUCUGGUAUUAACAAAAUUGGGGAUUAUGAGCUUCAUGACCUUGUAUUUCUGGACGAUACAAACUUUGGAGUAAUUAUUCGCGUAGAAACUGAAGCUUUUCAGGUGCUUAAGGGAGUUCCAGAUAGACCUGAGGUUAUCACUGUGAGGCUGAGAGAGAUUAAAUCGAAGAUAGACAGAAAAUUCAGUGCACAGGAUAAGUGGAAAAACAUGAUAUCAGUGAAAGAUGUUGUUCGUGUUCUUGAUGGUCCAUGCCAAGGGAAAACAGGUCCUGUGGAACACAUAUUUAAGGGAGUAGUGUUUAUUUUUGAUCGCCACCACCGAGAACAUGCGGGUUUUAUCUGCGCCAAAGCCUUUUCCUGCGUUGUAAUCGGAGGUUCAAGAGCCAACAAUGAUAGACAUGGUGAUUCGCGGUCAAGGUUAGCCAACUUCAGACAAUCUAAUAUACCCCCGUCCCCUCGCAAACACUCCCGGGGCGGCCCACUGAAUUAUGGAGGAAGACAUGGCGGUGGCAGAGGUCAUAAUGAUCCUUUCAUAAAUACCAGAGUAAGAAUCACCCAAGGUCCUUUUAAGGGUUACUGUGGACGUGUUAAGGAAAUUAAAGGCACAUCAGCCCGAGUGGAAUUGGAAUCGCAAAUGAGGGAGGUUCAAGUUGAUCGCAGCAAGCUUUCUGAGAUUGUCGUUUCAACCCCGCAUCGUGAAUCACGAUAUGGUGUGGGAAGUGAGACACCUAUGCAUCCUUCUCGUACUCCUUUACAUCCAUUCAUGACUCCAAUGAGAGAUCCUGGAGCGACACCCAUUCAUGAUGGUAUGAGGACCCCAAUGCGUGACAGGGCAUGGCUCCCUAUGAGUCCACCAAGGGAUGACUAUGAAGAUGGAAACCCUGCCUCUUGGGGAACCAGUCCUCACUAUCAGCCCGGAAGUCCUCCUUCACGGACGUAUGAGGCACCGACUCCAGGUUCAGGCUGGGCUAGUACUCCCAGUGGUAGUUACAGCGAAGCUGGAACUCCACGAGACGUUAGUUCUGCUUAUGUAAAUGCUCCAAGCCCAUAUUUGCCGUCAACUCCUGGGCAGCCUAUGACGCCUGGCGCAGCAAGCUACCUUCCAGGCACUCCUGGAGGGCAGCCGAUGACACCUGGCACAGGAGGUCUUGAUGCCAUGUCUCCUGUUAUAGGGGUAGAUGGUGAAGGACCGUGGUACAUGCCAGAUAUUCUGGUCAAUGUGGUGAGACCUGGUGAUGAAAGUGCAACGGGUGUUAUAAGAGAUGUGCUUCCGGAUGGAACAUGUCGGGUGGCUCUUGGGCCUACGGGCAAUGGCGAAAUGAUCACGGUACUGCCCAGUGAGAUCGAGAUGGUGGUACCGGGGAAAUCGGACAAGGUGAGGAUAAUGGGUGGUAGCCUCCGCGGGCAAAACGGUAAACUGAUGGGGGUGGAUGCCAACGAUUGCAUAGUGAGGUUAGAGGAGAAUCUCGAUAUCAAGAUAUUGGACCUUGGUAUUCUAGCAAAGCUACCUUAGGCAUGCAUCAUGUAAACAGCAAGAAGAACAAAUUAUCAAAUGUCAGUCAAAGAUCUGUUGUACGAAUCCUCCUGCUGUAUAUAAUAAUUCAAUUUGUAUGCGUGGUUUUUGGAGACUAUUUA